CUAAACACGGAAGAAAAGGGGAAUGGAUAGGAUGAAAAGGUGGGGUCAAGAAAAACACUCCACACUAUCUACGAUUGUACCAAGUUAGUCUCUCUCUCCCUCUCUCAAUCUUUCUCUAUGCGAUUGGGGAGCAUUUAGCAUCAAAUUAUACCGCUGCAAAAGGAUGCCAUUAAUGGCGUGUGGGAGCAUUUUGAAUUGGACUAACAGUGGAUUAUCCCCGGGUUGUGUAUUUGGCAAUAUACAAUCAGCCAAUCCUAAAAGAGUGUUCAGAACGAGUGUUGGUGCUGGAGUGCAAUCAUCAAAUGCUAUUGAGCGUCAAGGCCAGUGUAGUGUAGUGAAUCGCAGAAACUUAAUUAACAUAGGGGUUGGACUUUUAUGGCUCCACAGUGGCUCUGCUUUGGUUGAAGCAGCUGGAUUACCUCCAGAGGAUAAACUAACACUAUGUGAUGAGUCAUGUGAGAAAGAGCUUGAAAAUGUACCCAUGGUAACUUCUCCAUCUGGCUUGCAAUACAAGGAUAUUAAAGUUGGCCGAGGACCUAGUCCUCCUGUUGGAUUUCAGGUAGCUGCAAACUAUGUUGCCAUGGUUCCUUCUGGCCAAAUAUUUGACAGUUCACUGGAGAAAGGGCAGCCUUACAUUUUCCGGGUAGGCUCUGGUCAGGUCCUAAAGGGGCUAGAUGAAGGAGUCCUCACCAUGAAAGUUGGGGGGAAACGUCGCCUCUACAUCCCCGGACCACUGGCAUUUCCGAAAGGAUUGACAUCAGCACCGGGAAGGCCACGCAUACCUCCUAGCAGCCCAGUGAUCUUUGAUGUUAGUCUUGAGUACAUUCCAGGCAUUGAUGAGGAUGAGGAGUAAGGUUCAUCUUCUUCAUCAAAACGUACCCUCUCAAUCCCCUUUGGUUUAUUUUUGUUUAAAAUUCAUUCAUGUAAAAUGGGGAACAUUGUAAUCCUGUAAUGUUCCCUUGUGGAAUGCGAAAUUCGGGCAGUCGGGCUAACAAGUCCGUUAUUACGUUAUACGGAGUACUAUAUAUCCAAAUUUACAACAUAACACCUCAAAUGCAGACAAAAAUGAAUUUAUUUAUAUCCA